UGGAAAGCACCUUCUCCUUCGCGACAGCCGCGCUGUCGUAAACCGGUGAAUGGCUCCCGUGUGGCGAAGGGGGAGAGGCUAGCUGGGAAUUGUGUGCGGCGGCGGCGGCCCUUCUCUCUGAGGCGCCUGUCUUUCUCCCCCCGUCCCCCCGCCGCCAUCGGAGAGACAUGGAUCCCAACCGGAUCAUCCAGGCGCUCAAGGGCACCAUCGACCCUAAGCUGCGCCUCGCGGCCGAGAGCGAGCUGAACCAGUCCUACAAGAUCAUCAACUUUGCUCCCAGCCUGCUACAAAUAAUAGUUUCUGAUCAAGUGGAAUUCCCAGUCCGACAGGCGGCUGCUAUUUACUUGAAGAACAUGGUGACGCAGUACUGGCCAGACCGAGAGCCACCACCUGGAGAAGUGAUAUUUCCAUUCAACAUUCAUGAAAAUGAUCGGCAACAGAUUCGGGAUAACAUUGUGGAAGGAAUUAUUCGUUCUCCAGACCUAGUGAGGGCCCAGCUGACAAUGUGCCUCCGCACUAUUAUCAAGCAUGACUUCCCAGGUCACUGGACUGCAGUGGUGGACAAAAUAGGCUAUUACUUGCAGUCUCCCAAUAGUGGGAGCUGGCUUGGAAGUCUGCUGUGCCUGUACCAACUCGUGAAGACCUAUGAAUACAAGAAGGCCGAGGAGCGAGAGCCCCUCAUCGCUGCAAUGCAGAUAUUCUUGCCUCGGAUUCAGCAGCAGACAAUCCAGCUCCUUCCUGACAACUCCCAUUACUCUGUGCUCCUUCAGAAACAGAUCUUAAAGAUUUUCUAUGCACUUGUUCAGUAUGCACUGCCACUUCAGCUGGUGAAUAACCAAACUAUGACUCAGUGGAUGGAGAUUUUCCGGACUAUCAUCGACAGAAGUGUGCCUCCUGAGACUCUGCAGAUUGAUGAAGAUGAUAGGCCAGAACUAGUAUGGUGGAAAUGUAAGAAAUGGGCUUUGCGGAUUGUUGCUCGCCUUUUUGAAAGGUAUGGCAGUCCUGGGAAUGUAACAAAAGAAUAUUUUGAAUUUUCUGAGUUCUUCUUGAAAACGUAUGCUGUGGGAAUCCAACAGGUGCUCCUAAAAAUCUUGGACCAAUAUAGGAAGAAAGAGUAUGUUGCACCACGUGUCCUUCAGCAAACAUUAAACUAUCUGAACCAAGGGGUCCAUCACUGUAUAACCUGGAAGCAGAUGAAACCACAUAUGCAGACUGUGUGUGAAGAAGUGAUAUUUUCCCUGAUGUGUUAUAAAGAUGAGGAUGAAGAGCUCUGGCAAGAGGACCCCUAUGAGUACAUCCGCAUGAAAUUUGAUGUCUUUGAGGAUUAUGCAUCCCCUACAACAGCUGCUCAGAUACUUCUGUACACUGCAGCAAAAAAGCGAAAAGAGGUGUUACCCAAAAUGAUGGCAUUUUGCUAUCAGAUACUUACUGGGCCCAAUGUUGACCCUAGGAAAAAAGAUGGGGCAUUACAUGUGAUAGGCUCUCUAGCAGAGAUUUUGCUGAAGAAGAGUGUCUUCAAGGAUCAAAUGGAGCUGAUGCUACAGAAUCACAUCUUUCCACUGUUCAUGUCGAACCUGGGGUAUUUGAGAGCAAGAUCCUGUUGGACUCUUCAUUCGUUCAGUACUUUGGAAUUCCACAAUGAACUCAACCUAAGGAAUGCUGUUGAGCUAACAAAGAAGAGCCUGAUUGACGACAAAGAGAUGCCUGUCAAAGUGGAAGCUGCCAUAGCACUUCAAUCCUUAAUAAGCCAUCAGGAACGAGCAAAGGAAUACAUUAAGCCCUACAUCAGGCCAGUUAUGCAGGAGCUGCUGCUUGUUGUUCGGGAGACUGAGAAUGAUGAUCUCACCAAUGUAAUCCAGAAGCUGAUUUGUGAAUACAGUCAGGAAGUAGCAACAAUUGCUGUCGAAAUGACACAGCAUCUGGCAGAGAUAUUUGGGAAAGUUCUCCAAAGUGAAGAAUAUGAAGAACUGGAGGAUAAAACUGUCAUGGCUAUGGGGAUCCUUCACACAAUUGAUACAAUCCUUACUGUUGUGCAAGACCACAAGGAGAUAACUCAACAGUUGGAGAGCAUUUGCUUACAGAUCAUUGGCCUUGUCUUGCAGAAGCACGUAAUAGAGUUCUAUGAAGAAAUCCUCUCUCUAGCAUACAGCUUGACGUGCCAUCUUAUUUCACCUCAAAUGUGGCAGCUUCUGGGUGUCUUAUUUGAAGUAUUUCAGCAGGAUUGCUUUGAGUACUUUGCAGAUAUGAUGCCUCUCUUGCACAACUAUGUCACUGUUGAUACCGAUACGUUACUGUCAAAUCCCAAAAAUUUAGAGAUAAUUUACACCAUGUGUAAAAAGGUAUUAACUGGUGAUGCAGGAGAAGAUGCCGAAUGCCAUGCAGCCAAGCUCUUAGAAGUCAUUAUUCUGCAGUGCAAAGGGAGGGGUAUUGACCAGUGCAUCCCGCUCUUUGUAGAAGCUGUCCUAGAGCGCUUAACGCGAGGGGUUAAAACCAGCGAGCUCCGCACCAUGUGUCUCCAGGUGGCCAUUGCGGCCCUUUACUACAACCCUGGUCUCCUUUUGCACACUUUAGAGAACAUCAGAUUUCCUCACAACCCAGAGCCCAUCACUGCACAGUUCAUAAACCAGUGGAUGAAUGAUACAGAUUGUUUCCUUGGCCUCCAUGAUAGGAAGAUGUGCAUCAUAGGACUGAGCAUUUUGAUGGGGCUGCCCAACCGACCUCCUGCAGUAGAUGCCGUGGCUGCUCAGAUUGUUCCGUCGGUCCUCCUUCUGUUCCUGGGACUGAAACAAUUGUGUGCCACCAGGCAGCAUACGGAACACGAAGAACAUGCUAAAUCUGAAAAGAAUGAUGCAGAAGAUAAUGAAGAGAUUCCAAGUGAUGAAGAGGAGUCCAAUGAAGUCAGCCAGGAGAUGCAGGAAAACCAUACAGGUGGUGGCGGUGAUGCAGGAGAUGAAGAUGAAGAUGAUGACGAUGACUGGGAUGAUGAUGCACUGGAAGAAACUGCUUUAGAAGGUUUCAGCACCCCUAUCGACCUGGAUGAUGGUGUGGAUGAAUACCAGUUCUUCACACAGGCACUACUAGCGAUACAGAGCCGAGAUGCAGCCUGGUACCACUUGCUGACAGCACCACUCAGCAAUGAUCAGAAGACUCAACUGCAGGGCAUCUAUGCAUUAGCUGAACACCGGAGGAGUUCGGCAGAAUCAAAGAGGAUAGAGCAGCAAACGGGCUUCACAUUUGAUAACAAAGGACUGGUCUCUUCAUUUAACUUUGGCAAUCCUCCAGGGAGCAACUGAAGGAGGAAGAGACGAAAGCUUAAGGGACUCUGCAGAAUAUUUCAUUAUUGCAUUUUAUUAAAACAGCAACACACAUUUGUGACUUGUGAGCAGACAAGGGAAGGUAAUGGAGUGCUCUGGAAGAUGAUUUCCCUUUGGGAAAGGCAGUGGUCAACCCUCUUUCCUCUCAUUAGGACACUCUUUCUAACCAGCUACUGUAAUGUAUAAAUUCUUGUGGUAUUUUUCUAAGUUGUUGGACUGAAGAACGUCUCUGUUCCUGCUCUUCCCAAGGAAAUGGGGAAGCAGCUGUAUGGAAUUGGAUUGAGUUGCACUUCUCAGGUCUUUGCCAUGUGAAAUUGAAGGGGUCCUAUGGAUAACAGUGCCUUCUGUUGUAUAUGGAUUGCCUGAACAAAUAAUUUUGGAGUGCAUAGUGCAUUUUUUAUUUUAUGGAAGGACAUUUAAUAGGCACACUUCAAAUCUUGCUUUCCUGUAGUGAAAUCAUGGCUGUAUUUUGUCAGUCACAAACUUCACACCGUUGCCUACGCAAACCUUUCAGCUUUCCUGAGUUCAUCUGUAUGUGUCCAGGGUAAUAAUUUCUCUUGGAGUUAUCAAGAAUAACCUUUAUGUUCACAGCUGUUACCAGAAAGCAGAUCUUCCCAUGGAAAGUAUUUCUUUAGAUUUCUACUUGGGGUUCGUUAAUGCAGUGGUUUUCAAAGAAUCUGCCUUGAGGGAAUCCUUUCUGUGUUGCCCUGUCUACCAAGGAACCCAUUGUGCAUUGCAGUAGGUCCUGGAGUAUAGCAGUUCUGACUUUUUCAGCCUGCGACCUGACAUGUUGUGUCUCACUGUUCUUUCUUUCAGGGAAGCUGGUUUGCCAGGCUCAAUCUUAUUAUGAGCCCAAGGUGUCUCCAGAACAGUUUGGAAGCUAUUGCUUUUCAUGGAGGCAUUGUAAUUAUUUGGGGGGGGGGGGCAGUUUGUAGAUGUAGCAAUGGUGUUCCUGGGCUCUGCAAGCAGUGGUUCUUUAUAUUGUCAUCUGUCUUUGACAAGAAUGAGGUUUUCCAGCCAUGCCUGUGGUGAAAACCUACGCUUUAAAUAGUUGUUUUUAUUGGCUUCAUCACUCCGGUUGUAUCCAGCAACUGAGUGAUCACAAAAAUAAAUAAAUCUUAGGUUUAAAAGGCCAGCCUCCUGUAACAUCAGAAAUGAAUUGGAACUGGGCAUUGGUGAGCAGAACAUGAGAAAAAUGGUCAGGUAGACAGGAGUGGUGCAGAACAAUGAGCCUAUGUUCAUAUAGCUUACCUUGCAUAAAGGGAAGAAGUGUCUAAGAAACCAGGCAUCUGAUGGAGACUGGAUUGAGUCUCUGGACUACCACUUUCCUAUCCCUGGUACUCAUUCUCCUUCAUCUCCCACUGCCCAUUUUUGUAGCAUAUGUUUCCCAUGCCAUAAUACUGGGUGCUCCUGUCUUUCUCCAAAUGUUUGUUACUGAGGGAAUUUAGUGUUUGAGCCUUGCCAGUUCUCCAGCCACACUUGAUGGCUGUAUCUAGUGAAAAAUUUUCUGUUUGUGUGUACCAAUUAAUACAAAAUACAUGUAUGCCAAGUUGAUUGUGAAAAACAUGUGCAGUGCAUAUUUCAAGUACAGCUUCCCCUUUUUAAAAUACACAAAAGUGACAAGUGGGGAAAGCCACAUUUGAAGCAUGCACGCAACCUUCAUAACUGAUGCAUUGGUACCCAGGCACAAAAUAUAUUGUGAUAUGUGGUUUUCAAUGUUCAGGAAAAACGUUGAUGAUAACAUCUCUCUUUCUCAGACCUGUUUCACAUAAGUAUACCUUGAGGAACACAGGGUUAAGCACUAAGCAAAGAUAAUGAGUUUGGUAUUUUUAGGAAGAAGCAUCAAAAUUCUGGUUUGAGGGACGAACAACCUGAAGGUGAGGAAAGAGCUUCCUUAUGAGAUAGGGAUGUACUGGGCAUUUUUCAAAAACAGCCCCAGCUCUUCAUGCCUGUCACAUUUAAUCACCUAAAGCCAUUCAUCACUUAAGAAACUGUAAGGGAAGGUGGUUUAAUUAAGGGUUUGAAUUAAGACACACAUUUCCUUGAUUCCCUUGUUCAGUUUGUGCUUAAGCUUCCCCUCAACUCUAUGUGGCUAGAAGACUAAAUUUGUCUGCAAAUAUUGAUUGUCUGUUGAAAAUACAAAAUUUGGGAUCAUUGAUUAGGUUUGCAGUAAAGGGCUUGGCUUUUUGUGAUGGACCACAAGAAGGAACUGGGGUUCUUUCUCUAAUUGAAACAGUGAAGACUAUUCUGUACAGAGGCAAAGCAGGGUUUGCCACAAAGUGUGCACCAAACAAGGAACUACAUGCAGUCGUGGCUUCCUGAAAGGCCGACCAGGCCUACAGCCUCUGUCAGUAACAAUCAGACUUUACAUUAUUAAGUGUUCAUUUAAAACAUUUGGUGUGCCUCUAAAAAUUCUAAGUUGGCCUAGAGACUCUGAGGAGCUAGAAUAUGCUGAAUGUGUGCUUCCUUUUAUAUUUGUUUUGAUUUUUUGAUCAUUCUGCCCCUUUUCUCCCAAAGGCAUUUCCUGUAAAUGCUUUAGCCCAUUACAGUCAAUUUCCUUUGUCUGUCCUGGAAUGUGUUGUUAUGCAGUUGAUCAGGAGAAUCUUGCUGGGCAGUAUUGGUGUGAGGAGGGGGCAGAGUUUGUUGCUCUUCCCCCCUUUCACAACAGAUCUUUGUGCAAAUAUGUCAGCAAAAUAAGUAUAAUUUCACGCAUGCAGGAAGGGGAUCCACAUAGAGCUGACUUUGCUUUCUUUUGAAACAUACAUUUAAAUAUGAUUAUCUUGGAUAAAAGAUUUGAAGUGUCUUCCAGGAUUGUGAGCAGUUCACUGAUGAUGUGUUUCCUCCCCAUAUAUAUGUUUGUCAUAUUUUUGUAUGUUAUACAUAUAUGACUUAAGAGAGCAGUUCCUUGAUCUGAAAGCUUCAUGUUGAGGGGUGACCAUUGGAAAUUCUGAAAUUUAAUGAUAAGUUCACAUGUACCUGUUCAGUGCUGACUGCAUUAACAAGUGCUGGCUUACAUUCAUGUAUCAGAGAUAAAAUACCAUAGAUAAAAGCUUUCAUAUUGCCUUACACCAACCAAAACACAGUGCUGUUCUUCAGCUGAGUCAGUUCACUCUAUGAACUGCUGGUUACCAACCACAAUCAAGUGUAGAAAAACCAAGUGAUGUACACAUGCAUGUGUGAACCAAUCUUUGAGGAAAUAGAAGUCCUCAAACUGACUCGACAACUGGUGCCAACUUUUACUGGACCUGACAGAUCUGUGGAUAUUCUAGGAAACAAGAGUUUGUACUGUCUAAUCUUCUGUAAAUGUUCUAGGUAAACCUGUUGUUACAUUUCAAACCCCCCGCCCCCCGGAACAGAAAAUAGUUGCUAGCUACCACAACCUCCCCUUUCCCCUUUUUGAAGGUUGAAACAACUAGCAAGACUUUCACAUCCAAAUUAACUCAUUAAAACAAUGAGGACCAUUAAAACCAGGACCAUUUUAUGCUAACUUUUGAAUCGGACUUGUUUUUUUCUUUAGUAGAGCUUUGGUUACUGAUAAGGGGGCUGAAAUCACGAGCAGGGGUUCUUUCAUUGAUAUAUGAGUGUGAUUACACCCACCCCCGCUUUUUCUUGUGUAAAAGACCAUAUGUUACCUGCAUGAUGUGCAUGGCCCUUUUCCAUCUUUAAAUGUUUAUUUACCUUUGACUGUUCUUGUAAGAACUUUGAAGUGUUACCCAAUAUUGUCUUCCCACUACCUCAGGUAACAUCAGAUGGAUGUCACAUGGGAGGAGCCCACUACCUGUGUUUUCCUCUUAGAAACUGGGAUUGUUCUUCAUGGCCUCUGUGUAGUCAUACACAUGGGUUCUGCACUUGUGCACAGCAACAUAAGGGAUUUUUUUUUUUGAGAUCUUAAGAAAGCAGGGAUGGAUGUGAUGCUGUUGCUCAAGGGGCAGACAAGCUCCUUCCCACCCUGAUCUCUUUCAGUCACGUGGCCUCGAUUUUUCUGGUAUUACCUGAAUGCUAGAAAAGGAAGGAGCUACCUCAAGGGCUUCCCAGGAAACAUGAGAAGGGCCUUGAGAUUUGCUGCUGUAUAAUUUGAAUUGAUAAGCUUUCUUUAGACUUCUCUCAUAAGGACUUAGGUGGGUUACGGCAAUAGUCCUUUACCUUUUUUAAACAUACACACACAUUGUGAUGCAAGUGACUCUGAAAUUAAUAUUUAUUCAAGACUACUUGUAGAGUUUUGGGCCCAAACUAGGGUGUUAGAUCUCAGUCCUCCCAAGUCUAUGCUGAACACUCUAGCUGCUGUGCCUAGCUGACUCUUGACUGAAGUUGGGUUGUUUCUAUCCAGUGCUGAGCAAUGCAGAUAGCUUUGUUGCAAGACUUAAUCAUUCUUGUGCCAUUCUGGGCAAGUUCUACAUUAGAUUUUGUAGCCAUGAAAUUGUAAGUGGUCAGUGUAACUGCUUACAAUUAAAGAAUGUCUAUCUAAAUGGGUCAUCCAUAUAAUUCACUCAUUUUUUUGCCACUUUCCAGGAGUCUUCUAUAGUUAACCAUCAAGCCCCAAAGGGUUUGCCCAGGUAACCUAUUUAUUGAGCAUUGAUCUUCAUUUUGCUUGCACAAAGGUUAUAUGAUGUUCACUCUUUAUUGAAUAUUCAUUCUGGUUUGUUUGUGGGGACAAUCAGUUCACUUCUCUAUCACUUUCCGAACUGCAGAAAGUAUUUAUUUAAAAGUGGAUUGAUUGUGCCAGAGCACUUUGAUUGCAUAAACCUAAAUUUCUAAUACUGUAUGUGAUUGAAUCCCGCCUGCAAAAUGGUGGCAGUCCUAGUGGUGACCUACGUAAGUUGUAUACAAUGACCAUUUUCAUUAUAUUCUCCCAUGUAUGCCAUUUGCAGCAAUUCCUGUAAGAGUCAUUCCAUGGAAGCAAUAUUUUUCUCUUGGCAAUACCACUUCAGUAUGAGCCUGAGGACCAUCCUUUCUGUGUGUGCUUGUUUACAGGAUGACUUGUAUUCCCAAGUUCCUCUUUGUCUGAGAGUUGCACUUCAGAGUGUGUUGGACUGUCUUGAUUUUGUUCCCUUUUACCUCUGAAUGCUGCUUUUAGACUCCAGCUGUACCUGUGUGGUAGUUCAUUGCAUCCAGAGAGCUAAAUAAAAUUAUGGAACGAA